AUGCCCCACCUCGCGCCCUCCGCCGCCGCUCCGGCCUCCUCCAGGCCCAGGCGCGCCACCUCCAAGCCGCUGCGCUACAGACAGGACGCCGACGACGCGGACGCGCAUGGGCUCGGCAAGCGCCGGCGGGGUGCCGCGGGGAAGGCUCCCGGCGAAACAAGCGCAGCUAUGCAGAUUGGUAAGGGGGAGCAGAUCAGCGCCCGAUGCCACUACACUUCUGCUUCUGUGGACGGCGAAAUCUUCAAUCUCAAUGACGAUGCCUUCAUCAAGGCUGGUCCCUCUGAAGAGAGUUACAUUGGCCGUAUUACAGAGUUUUUUCAAGGUAGAGAUGACAGAUCAUACUUCACAUGCCGUUGGUUUUUCCGUGCGGAGGAGACGGUCAUCUCACCGAAGCUGCUUAAGGUCCAUGAUCAUCAACAUAAUGAUAGGCGUGUUUUCCUUUCAGAGGAAAAGAAUGACAACAUGAUUGAGUCAAUAAUUUGUAAACUGAACAUAAUUUAUGUAGCCCCAAAUGAGAUACCACAGGCAAAAGACCGGUUAAUAUCAAAUUCUGAUUACUAUUAUGACAUGUCCUACUCGGUGCCAUGUUCCACAUUUGCCAAUAUGCCAGCAGAAAAUGAUGGUGCAGCAGACAGUGAUACAACUUCAGAUAUAUCUUGUGAAGAGGAGAAACCAGUGGCUGACCUUGUGACAUACAGUUUGCUCGAUCUAUAUUCAGGGUGUGGGGCUAUGUCAACAGGGCUCUGCCUUGGUGCAGAAUUGGCUGGCAUAAAACUAGAAACUAAAUGGGCUGUGGACAUGAACUCACAUGCUUGUGCGAGCCUAAAGCAUAACCACCCUUCAACACAGGUAAGAAAUGAGAAGGCUGAAGAUUUCCUAUCCCUCCUUCAACAGUGGAAUGCACUCUGUAAGAAAUAUGUCAUCCACGGCAGCAAUUCUUUGGGCUCUGAUCUAGCCCAGGCGUCAAACGAUGAUGAAAAUGAUGAAAACGAACCUCUACCAAAGGAUGUAUUUGAGGUAGAGAGGCUUGUUGAUAUAUGCUAUGGCGAUCCAAAUAAGACUGGAAAAAAUGGCUUAUGGUUUAAGAUUCGGUGGAAAAAAUAUGAUGCUAGUCAAGAUACAUGGGAGCCAAUUGAUGGUCUGAGUGGUUCCUAUGAGUGUAUUAAAGAAUUUGUUCAGAGUGCAUAUAGGGAUUCCAUUCUGCCAUUGCCUGGUUCUGUGGAUGUUAUUUGUGGGGGUCCUCCCUGCCAAGGAGUUAGUGGAUUCAACAGAUUCAGAGAGCACGAUGAUCCAUUGAAGGAUGACAAAAACAAACAGUUGUUUGUCUUUAUGGAUAUUGUUAAAUAUCUGCAGCCUAAAUAUGUUCUCAUGGAGAACGUUGUAGACAUCUUGAAAUUUGCAGAUGGGUUCCUUGGCCGCUAUGCAUUGAGCCGUCUUGUUGCUAUGAACUAUCAAGCAAGACUUGGGAUGAUGGUUGCGGGUUGUUAUGGGCUGCCGCAGUUUAGGAUGCGGGCAUUUAUCUGGGGAGCUCUUACUUCCAUGGUUCUUCCGAAGUUCCCACUUCCCACCCAUGAUGUUAUUAAGCGAGGACUAGUCCCAAAUGCAUUUUCGCGAUGUCUCGCUGCUUAUGAGGAAACAGCAAAUAAACACUUGAAAAAAGCUCUCGUCCUCGAAGAUGCAAUAUCUGAUGUACCCAAGGUUCAGAAUCAUCAGCCUAAUGAUGUCAUGGAGUAUGACAGUGACCCCAAAACAGAGUUCCAACGCUAUACCCGGCUUAGCAAUAAAGACAUGAAGGAUCACUCAUUUGUAGAUGCUACAACCAAGGAAGGUAAACUGUUUGAUCAUCAGCCACUACAAUUAAAUAAUGAUGAUCUUGAAAGAGUGCGGCAGAUUCCUGUGCAAAAGGGGGCCAACUUUCGUGAUUUGAAGGGUGUCCGAAUUGGGGCCAAGAACACUGUUGAGUUUAAUCCAGAUAUUCCUCGAGCACUCGUGUCUUCUGGGAAACCUUUGGUGCCUGAUUAUGCCAUGUCUUUCAUCAAGGGGAAGUCAUCAAAACCAUUCAGACGCUUGUGGUGGGAUGAAACUGUUCCAACUGUUGUCACAAGAGCCGAGCCUCACAACCAGGCUAUUUUGCAUCCCACCCAGCACCGUGUUCUGACUGUUCGAGAAAACGCAAGGCUCCAAGGCUUUCCAGACUAUUAUAGGCUCUUUGGGCCUGUAAAAGAGAAAUACAUUCAGGUUGGCAAUGCAGUUGCUGUUCCGGUUGCUCGAGCUCUGGGAUACUCCCUUGGACAGGCUCUCCGGGGUGAAUUUGUAGGAGACCAGCCCCUGUUCAAACUGCCUGAGGAUUUCACUUGUAUCGGUCAAGCAAGAGCCACAGGAUCGUCGAACUCGCUAUCUGAUUAUUCUGUAGUAUAUCAGAAAAUUUCAGGCACACAACAGGCUGCAGCUCUUAAUGCUACUUCUCAUUCUCAAGGACCACCUCAAUCUGUUUCACUGAAGUGUGAAAUAUUUCUUGUCUCGCUGAAGGCACCUUCUGCAUGUUUAGCAGCUACCUCCUACCUGGUUGCCAAACCUGAUGGUCAUGCAGUCACAGGCGCUGGCUGGGAGACGCUGGCGCUGGUUCUCAGCGGCGUCUUCAUUAGGCGGUUCUCAUCAUCUUCCCAUCUUCAAUCAAGUUGCACGACCCUGAUAAAUAUGGAUGAUCAGAAGGACCAAAAAAAUAGGAAAGAAAACCCAGAUAAAAAGAGGCAUGUAUGGAAAUCUUCGGAGGACAAAAUACUUCUCACCAUACUGAAAGAUCAAACUUUACACGGAGGGAAAGAAGAAACAGGUUACACAAAGAAAGCAUGGCGUGAUAUCUUAGAACAAUUCAAUGAUUCAAGAGUAGACAAACUUGAAUUACAACAAUUGAAAAAUCGCCAUAAGUACUACAGGAGUUGCUAUGCUGCCAUGGAUAGACUUCUUAAACUGACGGGAUUUGGUUGGGACGACGAUGACAAAAUGAUAAAAGCUUCAGAAGAAACUUGGGAGGAACUAAUUGAGAAGGAUAAGUCACUCCAAGAAUAUCGAGAAAAGGUGUGGCCUAGUUGGGAAGAUCUUCAACAAAUAUGUGCUAGUUCAACGACAUCUGGAGUUGGUGCUGUAUCUAGCAAAGGGAAAGAUGAUGCAUCACUCAGCAUUGCUGAAGCAAAGAAAAAAACAGCAGAACAAAAUGACACUUACUCGGUUAAAUCAUGCAUGUCAGUAUUAAAUAGUAUGGGUAGCCUCGAUGCCAGCACAAAACUGAAAGCAGUAAAAGCAUUUACAGAUGGUGACAAACGCGCCAUUUUCAUUGAGAUGGAUGAAGAAACUCGAAAGCUUUGGAUUCUUGAUCCUUAG